UGAAAUAAAAUAAACCUUGAGCAUAUUAACAUAAGGUGAAAAUAAUGAUGAAAGUUGUGAGCAAAGGUCUCACUAUUACAGUUCGACAUGUUGAGUGACACAGACGUUGAAGACCACUAUAGUCCGUCUGUGCGAUUGAUAAAUAUUGAAAGAAAUGGCUCAAAUUGCGGAUUUCACCUAACUAGAAGCAAAUGGGACCCUUAUCCAUGGGUGAAUUCCGUCGUGAAUGGCACAGCUGCUGAUUCUGCUGGUAUCAAACCCGGAGACUGCUUGUUAGAAGUCAAUGGAGAAGAUGUCUUGGGUCAGAGGAUCAGUGAAGUGGCCGAAAUAGUGAAAUCAAAGCCUAAUCAAGUUUCACUUUUACUGUGGAAUGCCGGUGUCGAUCCUCAAUGUACGCCCGAGGCAGUUUGUUGCGGCCCAAUGCCAACAAACCUCCAACGCUUAUCUGCGUGCAUGUCGACGAUUCUUGCAUUUUUGGAGUGCCCAGUUUGCCUAGACACAAUCCCUCCACCCACCUAUCAGUGCGAAAAUGGGCACUUGAUUUGCAUACGUUGUAGGGCAAAGUCUGAAAGGUGUCCAAUCUGCCGCUUAAGAUUCAGUAGAGGGAGAUCGUUAUUGGCAGACCAGGUAUACAAUGCGCUUGUUGAUGCUUUCAAUUUGCGAGAAGAACCUGCCGAUAGUCGAACAGCGAAAAUGCACCAGAUUUUCAGAAUGAAAACUAAGAAAAAUGUGCCUGACAUUAAAGUCACUCCGUCACACACGACGAAAUUUUUGGCACGGCUUGUAGGAAAAGCAAGUUCGGUUGAUAAUCUGACUGGAAACGCUAAUGAUAGUGAGUUUAAUCUAAGGACGAAGUCGCUCUCAAACCAGGAAAUUUUUGAUACGAGGAGUCCUUUAGUUUCACGGACAAACUCCGUGAACAGAAUGAGCCGUAAUGAGAAAAAUCAGAAUUAUCUCAAUCCAAAUUUUCGCUCAGUUUCAUGUCAUGGCUCUUUUGAGUCGUUGCAUAACGACAAUGAAGACAUCACUUUUUAUUGCCCAUUUACACCGGGAUGUACUUCCCAAAUUAAAGGAAAAGAUGUAAUUGAGCACUUCCAGUUAAGUCACGACGGACCUUUAGUCCAAUACUUCAAACCACAUAUAAGUAUCGAGUUUAGCAAAAUUUUGGAAAAUCAAGAUUUGUGUUACGUUAUCCAACUUCAGCAAAAUAUGUUUUUUUUGAAAAUUGAAAACAACUCGGAAAAUGUACUUCUCUGGACUUGGCUUCUAGAUAACGGAAAAGUCGCAAAAGAAUUUGACAUGCAAGUCAAGGUAUUAAUUGGAGAAACACACGAUGUUAUUAUAAGUGUUCGAAAUAACGUGUUUUCACUUAAUUGCUCUUCAUACCAAGAGAUAAAAGAUCUUAAAAAAGGAUUAUUUGUUAAUACUAGAACCAUAGGAGGAAAUGAUGUUAUUUUUGAUAUAGCGAUUUUAAAAAGUGAUGAUAUUUAAAUGAUUAGAAUUUUAUAUGCCUAUAGACUGUGAUAAUUUUUCUAAUUUAUAAAUAUUUAUUUGGAGAUAUUGUGGUUUGAAUUAAUCGUAAUAACAAAAUAAUUCUUUUUACUUUGUUUUGUUUUUUUUUUCUUCUUAAAAUGCUCAAUAUUCCAAUCUCUAAUCGACUUAUUACCGCCAUAUGAACACUAGAUCAGUAGACCAAAUAACGGAGUUAUGGUCUAUUACAGUUACACCUGCAAUUUAGAAAAAAAAGACUUGCCCAUGAAAAGAACUUGGAUGGAUUUCCAUAUAGAACAGUUUUUAUAAUAUGAGAUUAGAUGGGUGGAACAAUAUUUGUUUCAUGGGACAUUCACGUAACAGCUAUUUAUUUCAUAAUCAUUUGCAUAUCACGCGUUUAUAUUUAUUAAAUAAUCUGCGUUAAAAUAUAAAAGUUAUAAUUAGAAAGGAUCAGAAUAUUUAAACGUCGAUUACGGCUCAAAUGAGAGUGAGUGUAGUGUGAGAGUUCUUUUGUAAAACUUUACAUUUUCAAGUUUAUUCAAACGAAUGAAGAUAAUAAACAAAGUAAAAGUUUAUUUAAUGUAAAUUCUAUUCCACUACAUAUUUAUGUAAAUUUAGGCCGAAUUAAUUAAAUAACAAAAUGUAAAAUAUGAAAAUUGUGACUGAACCAUUUCAGGUACAAACGUAACAAACUGUAAUCGACACGAAAAUAUCCGAACAAGUCGCCUUUAUUGCCUAAUUAAGUUUGUUUUUCUAAACCGUCAAUAAAAUAAUUACUUUUGUUAUAUUUAUUUUUAAGCGUAAUAAACUAGUUUUAACAUUAA